AUGCCAUCCAGGAUGGAAUAUGCAAAUGUCGAUCAGGAUUCCACAGAUUCAAAAACCAAAAAUGCCGCAAUGCGGAAACUCACCGGAACCGGAAAUGCCCUGCGAGGAUGUUUCGGUGAUCGACGAAUGAUUUUGGCAAUUGUGUUUAUCGCACUCUUUCUGGAUAAUAUGUUGUUGACUAUUGUGGAUCUAAUGCAAAUCGGGGCUCUUGUUGUGUUCAACCCACCAGUUCCAAUUAUUCCUCAUUUCUUAAUGGAACAACGAACGAAGAACAGCAGUCACAUUCUUCAAGAGAUCACAAAUAGCUUGAAUGAAUCCUGCGCGGAGUUUCUGGUAUUGCGCAAUCCGUCCGAUAUGCUUCAAUCCAGCCCACGUAUUUGGGCCUCACGUGGUCACAGUCCUCAUGAACACUUGAGCUUACUCAUACACAGAGUUUUCGAAGGCCAAUCGAGAGGACUACCGAAUGAAACGGAUGCGGUGGAAGCAUUUUCUAAAUACCUGUUGUCAACCGGAUCUCAGAAUGCUUCUCAAGUAUCCGCGCAAUAUUUGAAUCGACUGCGCGCGUGUCGAGAGAACGCAACACAACGCAUGCGAGAGCUGCGCCAGUCCACAGUCGGAGAUGAACAUAUUCAGAUUGGACUAAUGUUCGCCUCAAAGUCGGUGGUACAGCUUUUGAUCAACCCGCUUGUUGGUCCGUUAACGAAUCGCAUUGGCUACAGCAUCCCCAUGUUUACUGGCUUCAUGAUUAUGUUCGUUUCCACCGUUGUGUUUGCGUUUGGGACCAAUUUUGGUGUACUGUUCUUCGCACGCGCUCUUCAGGGCACCGGUUCCGCCUGUUCAAGUGUUUCAGGGGAUAAAUAUCCAUUGCACAAUUGCUUUUCAGGUAUGGGAAUGUUAGCUACUGUUUACACGGAUGACAAAGAACGAAGCCGGGCGUUCAGCUGGGCGCUCAGUGGACUGGCAAUGGGUGUGCUUGUUGGACCGCCGUUUGGAGGCAUCUGCUACCAGUUUAUCAACAAACAGGCGCCGUUUUUGAUUCUUGCUUCACUGGCUUUGUUUGAUGGAUUGUUGCAGCUAAUUGCAUUGAAACCAGCAGUUCGUCCAGAGGAAGAAAGAGGAAGCUCGUUGGUUAAACUACUGAGAGACCCGUACAUACUAAUUGCUGCAGGAUCUAUUACUUUCGGGAAUAUGGGUAUCGCCAUGCUGGAACCUUCUAUGCCCUUGUGGAUGUGGACCAAGAUGCGUGCUGAGGGUUGGCAACAGGGCAUGGCGUUUUUACCUUGCAGCAUCUCUUAUCUCAUUGGAACAAAUAUUUUUGGUCCAUUGGCUCACAGAAUUGGUUGCGGCCUGAGUGCAGGAUUGGGUAUGCUCGUUUGUGGCAUCUGUCUCGUGGCGGUAAGUUAA